UUUUAGAAAGUCCCUAAACGAUUCAAAAAUUUCCCUUACCAUAAAAUUGGCCAAUUUCGCUCUUUUGCGGCGCAUUAAGCCAACCCUCUUCUUCUACUUGUGUUGCCUGCAAACACUACAUUUAUCUUGCAGUUGGCAAGUAGCAGCAGCUGCUUGAGUAGAACCUUGAUAACUGAUCUUUAUAGGAAGAGCGACGCAUUCUCUUCGUAAAUACUCAUGGCGCAUGACAAGUUAUUCAAAGAUGAGGCCACGGAUGAGAAGGGUGAUCGCGCCAGAAUGGCGUCAUUUAUUGGUGGCAUGGCAGUUGCUGACCUUGUGAAGACAACUCUAGGGCCUAAGGGAAUGGACAAAAUUUUGCAAUCGACAGGUAGGGGACACAGUGUGACUGUGACUAAUGAUGGUGCGACAAUCUUGAAAUCUCUUCAUAUAGAUAAUCCUGCAGCCAAAGUUAUGGUCGACAUCUCCAAAGUGCAAGAUGAUGAAGUAGGGGAUGGAACAACUUCUGUGGUUGUUCUGGCCGGAGAACUUUUGAGGGAGGCAGAAAAGCUAGUAGCAAUGAAGAUUCAUCCAAUGACAAUUAUAUCUGGUUAUAGAAUGGCUGUUGAGUGUGCUCGUAAUGCAUUAGAAAAGAGGGUCUGGGACAAUAAGGGGAAUGCAGAGAAAUUCCGUUCAGAUCUGAUGAAGAUUGCAAUGACCACACUGAGUUCCAAAAUCCUUUCACAGGACAAAGAACAUUUUGCAGUGUUGGCUGUUGAUGCAGUAAUGCGACUUAAGGGUAGUACAAAUUUGGAAGCAAUACAGAUUAUUAAAAAGGCAGGAGGGUCAUUAAAGGAUUCAUUUCUGGAUGAAGGGUUCAUAUUAGACAAAAAGAUUGGUGUUGGUCAACCAAAGCGUAUUGAAAAUGCAAAAAUUUUGGUAGCUAAUACCGCUAUGGAUACUGACAAGAUUAAAAUAUAUGGAGCUCGUGUACGUGUAGAUUCAAUGGCAAAAGUUGCAGAGAUAGAGGCAGCAGAGAAAGAUAAAAUGAGGAGGAAGGUGCAAAAUAUUAUUGCACAUGGAAUCAAUUGUUUUGUAAACAGACAGUUAAUAUAUAAUUUUCCUGAGGAACUUUUUGCUGAUGCUGGUAUAGUUGCCAUUGAGCAUGCCGAUUUUGAUGGUAUUGAACGUCUGGCUCUUGUAACUGGAGGAGAAAUUGCUUCAACAUUUGACAAUCCGGAGUCAGUUAAACUGGGGCAUUGCAAACUCAUUGAGGAAAUCAUGAUUGGAGAGGACAAACUAAUUCACUUUUCAGGAGUUGAGAUGGGGCAAGCAUGCACCAUAGUCUUACGGGGAGCAAGUUUCCAUGUUCUGGAUGAGGCCGAGAGGUCUUUGCAUGAUGCAUUAUGUGUGCUUUCCCAAACUGUGCAAGACAGCAGAGUGCUUCUUGGUGGUGGUUGGCCUGAAAUGCUCAUGGCAAAGGAAGUGGAUGAGCUUGCAAGGAGUACACCUGGAAAGAAGUCUCUUGCAAUUGAUUCUUUUGCACAUGCGCUCAGGCAAAUUCCAACCAUUAUAGCAGACAAUGCUGGAUUAGACAGUGCAGAUUUAGUUGCACAGCUUCGUGCAGACCAUCAGAAAGAAGACAGCAAGGCAGGGAUCGAUGUCAUAACAGGAGCUAUUGGAGACAUGGAAAAGCUAGGAAUUUCUGAGUCUUUCAAAGUAAAACAAGCUGUGCUGCUUUCAGCAACAGAGGCUGCAGAGAUGAUUUUGAGAGUAGAUGAAGUCAUUAGUUGUGCUCCUAGAAAGAGAGAGAACAGAAUGUAACACCAGGAGGUCAUACUAAAUUGUGUUGGGUGAUUCAAUUAGUUAUAGUAGAGAGGAUAACAAGUGAAUUUUUUUAGUUUGCGUCAGCAGCAUGUUAUUUUGUUUAUAUCUGUGCCAUUUACUGUUCCUGGGAGCUUCUGGAUGAGCCUGUUUUAUCAUCAAAUGCUAAGCCCAGUUAUAGUUACAUGCUUGGUGACUACUGGUUAUAUUCUCUUAUGGUUUGUUGAUGUCACCAAAGAGUGGGUUUUUUCUUUGAGAUUUUUAUUUUUUAUUUUUGCAGUUUAUAAUAUUUUCACAUUGUACUAGGAGCAUCGGAAGGAAACCCAGAAGCUAUAUUUUUUGUUGGAUGUUUUCUUAUGCUAUGAUAAAUUUUGGGAGGAUACACUAGAUUGA